UUAUAUGUCAUUUUUCAUUUCAUGUUAAAUGUUGAAACUGAUAUUAUAAAAUUAUCCACUUAAUCUGUUAUUCCGUUUGUAUUGUGACCACUCGUUAGUUGGUAGAUUGUAAUACCGAUUUAGUGCCAGGAUGAUAAUAUAAAAAAAAAUCAAGUUGAGAUUUGUGAAACUAAGAAAUGACAUCAAGGAACAACCAUUAGUAUUUUUUAACAAGUAGUAUUUAAAAAUACUAGGUUACUGAUAUGCGGCAAGAUAUCAUAUGAUAUUUGCACACUGCUGUACAUUAUCAACAAAUUGUUACGUCGCUAUCUGUAAAAUGUAUUUAUAUACCACAGAUCUUCUAUCAACACUAAUGAACAUUAAUCUUGGAGGAUAAGACGUAUAGUACAUCGAACGUGGCAAGGAUCACCAAAAAUCCAUUACGCAUGAAGUUAAAGCACUAAUGAAUAAAUAUGAAUAACUCAUUUACCGAAAUUCGUGUAGAAAUUUAUGUUGAAAAGUCAAUACUUCUGAGAGACAAUUACUCAGAAGAUGGAAAAAUAAUCAGCGUAAGAGAUACAAUUAAGUCAAUAGAUGAGUUUCUAGAAGCAAAAGGAAAUACAUAUAUUAAAGAAGCAAAAAACAAUAAGGAUAAUGGUUUAGGGACAACCAUAUGCAACAGAGAGUCCCAAAAUGAAAGACAUUCUGAAAAUCAUACAGCUAAAUCACACAAAUUCGGCGAGAAGAGUAUUGCCAAGAGACGAGUAAAAAAUACUAGCGAAGAGAAAAACAUUCCGGAAAAAAGAAAUUCCAGCGAAAGUGAUAAUCAAACAGUCCUUAGCAGCUCGUCAUCACAUUUAGAACAGGAAAACAAAGAAGAAGAUUCUCAUGUUAAAAGAGAUUAUUUAACAGCUAAUUUGCAAAAGAAUAAUUAUGUUUUGCAAUCACUAGGUACAACUGCGUCACAAAAUAUCCAACAGCUAUUAUACGAUACAUCAGAAAAUACCCAACAACUAGUUAUCAAUACAGCAGAAAAUACCCAACAACUAGUUUAUGAUACAUCAGAUAAUAACCAACAACUAAUUAACGAUACAACAGAAAAUACGCAACAACUAGUUAACGAUACAUCAAAGAAUACCCAACAACUAGUUUACAAUACAAUAGAAAAUGUACAGCAACUAGUUCAGGAUACAACAGAAAGUAGUGAAUUCAAUGAAUCGUCGGAUUACGAUGGAUCGUCCUCAGGAUUUUUCUCGGACGAUGAAAUGGAAUUCGACGAUGGAAUAAAUGAAAGAAUAAAAUAUUCGAAAUUCUUAAAUUGUAAACAUAGAACCAGGCACGUAUCAAAGCGGAGAUCGGUUGCGGAUAAUUUUCACAGUAAAACGAAGAGUAUUAAUAAACGACAACGUGUUUUGAAAAGUAAUGCAGUUUUUAAUGUAAGUCAACACCAAGUACACAGCAUUGUGGACAGUCCAGAGCAAACACACAAAGUUCAGUUAGGUAGUUUUAACUUUAUCGGAAACUUAGACAACAUGAAUAUACAGGAGACAUGUCUUGAUACAAUGAAUUACAUAUUAGAUCAUAUUGAGUGUGAAUGUAUAGAAGAUAAGAAAUAUGAACUUCGCCUUGGAAGUUCGAGAUCGUGUCCCAGCAAAAGCCGUGAAACCUCAACAGGCUGUUCAACAGGUGUUCCUUUUGGUAAUAACGUCAAUGGCCAACCAACGAACAUCGAGUCAAAUGAAAUCAUAACGAAUUUUCAAAACAAAAAAUCACUUCUGAUAAAAAAUAAAGAAGAGAAAUCGAAAUGUAAGACAAGAGAUUUAAACAGGGAAAUCGAUGAUUUAGAACCAGGGGAAAUUCGUGACGAGGUGGACUCGACAAAAAAGGACAAACGUAAAACUUCAGCACAAUACGGUAGUAGUUCAUUAAAACGGUAUUUAUUAACAAGGCGAGGUAGUAAGUAUAUAAGUACUAGUCUCCGAUAUAGUUCUCGAUAUAUUAGAGGUCGCUAUAGUAGAGUUUUAAGGGGUCGACCGCCAUACAGAGGAAGAUCUCAAUCUUAUCGAUCAUUGUCGCGAGGACGCUCACUACCUACUAGAGAAACACAAAAUAACAGAUCCAAAUUUGAUUGGUUUGAUUAUUCAAGUAGGAGAGGUGUAGACUAUCUACCCAAUGAAUCUACAACAGAUCAACACGACCUGAGAAAUAGAAUAGAAGCAAAUGAAAGACGACCAUACAGUACCGAUGGACCAUCUUGUCGUAGUUUAAGACCCUCUCUAUACAGAGGUAGAAACUAUUCACGAUACGGAACAUUACAACAUAUGAGAAAACCAUACGAAUCUGUGUCAGAUUAUAUAAGAAAAUACAGAAGUUUCGAAUCAAAAUGUGAAAGUCCUACUCCGUCUGCACAUUAUCGUUAUCAAUCGUCUGAGCAUUCGAGAACGCAAUAUCGAUAUAGCGAAGAAAGGGAACACUAUUACAAUCACACCGCGACAUUAAAACAUACUAGCGAAGAACGUUGUACCGAUAAUAUAUAUACAAGGCCUUCUUUCGAAUGGAGGACUUCAGAGAUUAGAGUCCCUAGCUACAAAAAUUUAACAAUAACACGUAGAUUUUCCACUGGAGAUGAACGUUCCAACUAUACUCAAAAUGAGAAAAGAAAUUAUCGAUCACACAGUGACUUUUUUGAAACAAAUCCACAUAAACAUGAUAGAUAUAUAUCAGAUGAAUCUCGUAGAAAAUCACCUGGCCAACGCGAGGAAAGGGCUUCAAAGGAGCAUACAUCGUUAUAUAAACGUGAAAGAACUGAUUACAAAAUAGAGGAAAGAGAAUAUGAUAGAAAAGAGUCCAUGAAACACGAGAAACAAGUGUCGAACGAAUGGGAAAGAAAUUCUUCACGCAAAUCUGUAUCAAGGACAGACAGUCUUAAAGGUAAAAUGUCUGAACAGGUCCAAAAGAAUAUAAGAAUUAACCGACAUUCAACAGGCGAAAAGGGAACUUCACCAGACGAGCAAGAGAUGAGAGUAUCGUCUGUUGUCACAAUUGCUCCAUCAAUUCAACAAGAUCUUGCUGACAACAUCACAGUGUCGACAGAAGACAACAGACAGAAAACAAUUGUGAAUCCUGUUUCAUCAUUCAAGAAAGAUGCGCAUAUGAAGUGUUUUGAUCUUGUCAGAGAAGCGGCAUUCAAACAAGCCGUACACUUUUCAGAAGACAAUUGGCAAAAGUAUGCCAAAAGAAAAUUCUUAUUCGAAGAUGAAUUGGUAGAACAAUUAGAACGAAAUUACGACCGCUAUCUUUAUUCUGCCAACGAUUUUCAGCAGAAUAGUGGUGGUCCUUUGCCAAGGUUCGUUUCUGACGAGCUGAUGACGGAGGCAAUAGUUAAUACAUGGAAACAGCCACAAAUGAUUGCGUCACUAGACAGACAGUUUCGGGAAUUCGAUGACAUUAUUGGUUAUGUUGGAUAUAACAUUCCUUGUUACUGGUGUGAAAUGAUUUUUUCCGAAGGGAAAUUUGUUCGCGCAUUCCCUGUAUUAGACCCAAUUGGACAUAGAGAUGAUACAAUGUAUUGCCAAACCGACCAGUGAUUUUUUAAACAUAAACUUAUUUUGCAUAGAGAUCCAUAAGUUUCCUUGCAAUUAAUAAAGUUUCUUCAAGUUUUGAUACAGCUUAUUUGAUAUUUUAGUAUGAAUUUGAUUCAAGUUCUACAACUUCAUGUUCACUGUUGUGGAUCUUGAAAGAUGUCCCAUUGUACGAACAUCUUUUCGCAAUCAAACCCAUACUUGAAGAAACCAUUUCUGCAGAUUCAACAUUUGUACCCUAUUUUUGUUGCCACUAUUAUAUAUAAUAUUUAUUUUUGUUACAUGUUAUAAAACGAUAAUGAAGAAGCAAUGUCACGAAAAAACUAUAACAAUUAUCCUAAAUAGUGCAACGAUUAUGUAAUGAUACACACUUUAUCAUUUUAUUGAUCUGUGAUUAGGGUGUUCUUCAUUGUUUUAUCAAUGGUUAGAUAAUUUGCCUCGAUAUGUUAUUAGAUUAAGGGUAUUAACACUUUUAAUCUUUUGAAUCUGUUAAAAUAUAAUAAAAGCUGAUAUAUAUGU